AUGGGCACAGGCGGAGGGGGAGGGAACGAGGGACUCCACCGGCAGGCAUCGCACGCUUUCGCGGGUCUCAUGCUGGUUCAAUCCUUCCCAUUCUCACAGCCGUCGAGCCAGGCCGAAUGCCAACAAUCGGUCCUGCAGCAUGCUCUAAUCGAUGCCCAGACAGACACUGGCCACGGGAAACGCGGCGGGCGUAGAGCCGCUUCCCCCGUCACUCCAUUGGUCGACCCUCAGACAUCUACCACGCUAACAAUCGGUCGUCGUCGAAAUUCGCCUCAUCUAUCCGUCAGCGCUGCGGCCGCGUUCAUCCGCCUCAUCUAUGAUGGCCAUCUAUCAACUACCCGAGCCAGGCGGGGAGUGCUGGGCACUGCAGUCAAAUAUAAUGCCGUGUUCCAGUGA